AUGUCCAACAAGAAAGGAUCCCGCAACACACAGCGCAGCCCCCUUCCAGCACCCAGGCCGGCAGCACCUCGAACAGUACCCGCGGUGGCCUACAGAGGGGCAUCCAGAACAGCACCGGCCGUAGCACCCCCCACAGCAUACAGAGCAUAUAGAGCAGCACCUCCCCCCAGCUCUCGGGGAAGGACUAAGGGUGCCGCCAUAAAGGGCGAUACGGCCAUAGCACCCAGAGCGGCACCUAGGGCGACACCUAGAACAACACCCCCUGCUCGCGCUCACGGAGCGGACGAGUGGUACAAAGUCUCCACACCAGAGUUCGACUCAGUAGCCUACGAUCCUCUGGACCCUCCCAAGCGAUACUACACGGGUGUCUUCGUUCAAACAGACAGUAAGAGUCCCCGAGGAGCGCUAUUCCAAGUCACCGGCGACAUCAUCGCCCAAAAAGGCAUGCGGUUCGAAGUGAAACGCAACUACGCUCCUGUAGAGUCCAAGCUUUUUCACAGAACCACACACAUUGGAUGGAUCCGCAAAGCCGAUUAUCCGAGAAUAGAGGGUAUCUUGGAAGCCUUGCCCACACCGACCAAACAGCAGGGAAUUGACUUCUGGACCAAGGAUCCACAAUGGGGAUCUUUACGGACCAGGCGAACAGCGACGGCCAAUCAUGAAGUGUAA